AUUAGGUAUUUUAGGAACUUCACUAUGACUGUUAAAUCCGGGUCUAUCUGUUUGGCCCAAGAGUACCCGUCUCAAGGCCCUGCUGAGGGUUUGCACAGUUCAGCCAAUCACAUAACACCUAUCCCAGGUUGCCAGGCAGAGUAUGCUAAUGAGCCCCCGCCCGGUCUGCAGCUCCCACUCUGCGGCGGGAAGAACCACCUGGAGGCGGCGGGGGGGUUUGAUUUCCAUCACCCCUGGGGAGAACGGAUCGGGGACCCACCGGCUAGUUGGCUCCCCUCACCCCACAUCGUGAACCAGCUGUCCUGGAGUCUCCAAAAAAGCAGUGGGAUGGAUUCCAAAGCUGAAGGUUCACAGGUGUGGGCUACGUCUGCUGAACAUGGACAGAAUACUGCACAGGUGCACUUUGUUCCUGAUGGUGGAACAGUAGCUCAGAUUGUGUAUGGUGAUGAUCAGGACCGUCCACCCCAGCAGGUGGUCUACACAGCAGAUGGGGCUUCUUAUACUUCAGUGGAUGCUCCAGAGCACACCUUAGUUUAUAUCCACCCUGUGGAAGCCACACAGACUCUGUUUACAGACCCAGGCCAGGUGACUUAUGUCCAGCAGGAUGCCACAGCUCAGCAGGCCUCAUUGCCCGUCCAUAAUCAGGUGUUACCUCCUAUGGAGGGUGUGGAUGGCUCAGAUCCUUUAGCACCUCUGCAGAACCCCAUGGGUAGCUUGGAGGCAAAAGAAGAAGAAGAAGAUGAUGAGGAAGAGGAUGAGGAGGAGGAAGAUGGUGAAGAUACAGAUAUGGAUGAUUGGGAGCCAGAUCCACCUCGGCCCUUUGACCCUCAUGAUUUAUGGUGUGAAGAGUGCAAUAAUGCACAUUCUUCAGUAUGUCCAAAGCAUGGGCCCUUACAUCCUAUCCCCAAUCGUCCAGUCCUUACCAGAGCAAGAGCCAGUCUGCCUCUGGUACUCUACAUAGACCGAUUCCUAGGAGGAGUGUUUUCCAAAAGGCGCAUUCCCAAACGUACCCAGUUUGGCCCUGUGGAGGGGCCUCUUGUCACACAAUCAGAACUGAAAGACUGUUAUAUUCAUCUAAAGGUUUCUCUUGAAAAGGGGGAGAGGAAAGACAGAGACAUACAUGAAGACCUGUGGUUUGAGUUGUCUGAUGAAGCACUUUGUAACUGGAUGAUGUUUGUACGUCCAGCACAGAAUCACUUGGAACAGAACCUGGUGGCUUACCAAUAUGGUCACCAUGUCUAUUAUACAACAAUAAAGAACGUAGAACCCAAACAGGAGCUCAAGGUGUGGUAUGCUGCGUCCUAUGCUGAGUUUGUAAAUCAGAAGAUCCAUGACAUUUCUGAAGAGGAAAGAAAAGUUCUUAGAGAGCAAGAGAAGAACUGGCCUUGUUAUGAAUGUAAUCGUCGAUUCAUAAGCUCAGAGCAACUUCAGCAACACCUCAAUUCCCAUGAUGAGAAGCUGGACUUCUUUAGCAGAGCAAGAGGCAGAGGCAGAGGAAGAGGCAAGAGGAGAUUUGGCCCUGGAAGACGGCCAGGUCGGCCUCCAAAAUUCAUGCGUUUGGAAGUCACCAAUGAAAAUGGUGAAAAAUGUGAGGAAGGAACACAGGACUUGCUGCCUUUCUCUAGCAAGGGGCUCGAGAAAUUUGAAGAGGAUGGACAAGCUCCAUUAAAUGGGCUGGACCAGCAGGAACAGACUCCUGUGCCAAUCCCUCAGCUUCCAUCGGAAACACAGCCUGCUUUGGAACAUCCGCCAGAAACCCACCCAGUGCAUCUGCAGCCCCAACAUGAGGAGAGCACAGUGCCCACCCAGAGCACGAUGACAGCUGAUGACAUGCGCCGAGCUAAACGCAUCCGGAAUGCAGCUCUUCAGCAUCUGUUUAUUAGAAAAUCCUUCCGACCUUUUAAGUGCUUGCAGUGUGGAAAGGCAUUCCGUGAAAAGGAUAAGCUGGAUCAACACUUACGCUUCCAUGGGAGAGAAGGAAACUGUCCUUUGACAUGUGACAUCUGUAACAAGGGUUUCAUCAGCAGCACAUCCCUGGAGAGUCAUAUGAAGUUCCACUCAGAUCAGAAGACUUAUUCUUGUAUCUUCUGUCCAGAAUCCUUUGACCGCUUGGACUUGCUAAAAGACCAUGUAGCUAUUCAUAUCAAUGAUGGUUAUUUCACCUGUCCCACAUGUAAGAAGCGCUUUCCAGAUUUCAUUCAGGUGAAGAAACAUGUACGCAGCUUCCACUCAGAAAAGAUUUACCAGUGCACAGAGUGUGACAAAGCCUUCUGUCGUCCUGACAAACUGAGGCUCCAUAUGCUCCGACAUUCAGACCGGAAAGAUUUCCUUUGCUCUACCUGUGGAAAGCAAUUUAAGCGAAAAGACAAACUACGGGAGCAUAUGCAAAGGAUGCACAAUCCUGAAAGAGAAGCCAAGAAGGCCGAUCGCAUCAGCCGCUCCAAGACCUUUAAGCCUCGAAUUGCCUCCACGGACUAUGACAGCUUCACGUUCAAGUGUCGUUUAUGCAUGAUGGGCUUCCGGAGACGAGGCAUGCUGGUGAACCAUUUAUCAAAGAGGCACCCAGAUAUGAAGAUAGAAGAAGUGCCUGAGUUAACUCUGCCCAUCAUCAAACCCAACCGUGAUUAUUUUUGUCAGUAUUGUGAUAAGGUUUACAAAAGUGCUAGCAAGCGAAAAGCCCACAUCUUGAAGAACCAUCCUGGAGCUGAGCUCCCACCAAGUAUCCGGAAACUUCGUCCUGCUGGCCCUGGAGAACCAGAUCCUAUGCUGAGCACCCAUACUCAGCUGACUGGCACAAUAGCUACUCCUCCUGUCUGCUGCCCCCACUGCUCCAAGCAGUACAGUAGCAAGACUAAGAUGGUACAGCACAUCAGAAAGAAGCAUCCUGAGUUUGCCCAGCUCCCUAAUACAAUCCAUGCUCCACUAACAACAGCUGUGAUCAGUGCCACUCCAGCUGUUUUAACUACCGAUAGUGCGACUGGAGAGACGGUAGUGACAACAGAUCUGCUGACCCAAGCAAUGACAGAACUGUCUCAGACCCUUACAACAGAUUAUCGAACCCCACAGGGGGAUUACCAGAGAAUUCAGUAUAUCCCUGUAUCACAGUCUACAACUGGUCUGCAGCAACCUCAGCAUAUACAGCUUCAGGUGGUGCAAGUAGCCCAGGCCACUUCACCUCAUCAGUCUCAGCAUUCAACAGUGGAUGUUGGUCAGCUCCAUGACCCUCAGACAUAUACCCAACAUGCCAUUCAGGUGCAGCACAUCCAGGUCGCUGAGCCUACCACCCCAGCUCCAUCUUCAUCCCAGGUAACUUUCUCCAUAUCUACUCACCAGGGUGGUCAAAAUGAAGAUGGCUUCAGAGUCCAUGAAGAGGUGGCUGGUCAGCCGUUGAGUCCAUCUGCUCAACAGCCUCAGCCAGGGCUUAGCCCUUCUCAUAUGCAAGCCAAUUCUUCAGCACAAGGGCAGACUCUUCAGCAGCAGCAACAACAGAGUUCCUCAGUGCAGCAUACAUAUCUACCUAAUACCUGGAGCUCCUUCCGUAGCUAUCCAUCUGAGCUCCAAAUGAUGGCCAUUCCUCAGGGUCAGUAUGUGAUUGCAGAGACAGCUGUCACCACUCCUGUUACCACUGUGAAUACUGGCCAAGUGAAAGCAGUUACUCAGACUCAUUUUGUAAUAUCUGAAGGUCAGCCAGAAAUAGAAGAAAAGCAAACCUCAGCCCUCUCCGGUGGAGUCCAAGUGGGCAUUUCACAGCCAUCCACACAUGCUGAUGCCUUGGAGAGCCAAACGUCUAACCCGCCACAAACCACCCAGUACAUCAUCACAACCACCAAUGGGAAUGGCAACAGUGAAGUGCAUAUUACUAAAACUUAACCUUUGGUCCCUGGAGUUGGAAUCAAGCAGUCCCACUGUGUCUCCUGACUACCACUUAGCAAAUCUCAAACUUGGAAUUCUUUUUAAUUUAUUAUUUACUCCAGAGUUUUGAAGCUAGGAGUUUUGAAGUUCUUGCUAGGAGGUUAACUUUACAGCUGCAGUCAUCACAAAAAAGGAUUUGACUCUUAGGACUCCACAGACAUACUACCAUGUAUGUAUGUAAUAGGCCAAGUGUUUCAGGGAAACUGUUCAGAGCAAAGGAGUUUUGCAGCAGGAGAAAAUACAGAAACUUUGGCUUGUUUCUGAGUUGAUUUUGACACACUUGACAAGCCUUACUUUUCCUUUGUGGAAGUACUUAAAUAGUAUAUUUAUUGUAUUCAUACCAAAGGGGGAAAAACCUGCCACAUUAAUGGCUGUUGGCAGAAUAUGCCCUGUAUCUUCCCAGCAUUGAUGCUACAAGACAAGGGGCAUUUUGCAGACUUGUUAGAGGUCAGAGCUGCUUCAUUUUCUGGUUUCAAUUCCUCUUCAUGCUGUAAACAAGGGAGCCUAGUGAGCAGCAAAGAUCAAUUGGUGAACACAACUGGCUAAUUGGUGGAAGUAUAGAAAGACUUGACAGUAGAGCUUUGAAGAAACUAUUGUUUUAAUUAUUCUCCUGUCUUUUUCACUUCCCCUUUGAAAACCAUUGGCUUGUUGGCAGUGUUCCACCUAUCCUGGAUUACCCCAGUUUAGCUGACUGGGUAUAGUAGUCGGCCCUGGUGGUACUGAGCCUCUCCUCUACCUAGCAUCAGGACAUUCGUCUUACUGCCAGGAAAGUG